CACAUAUCAUUCAUUUAAAAAUGGAAAUUGAAGACGAAAAUAAUUUUAAACUGAGACCCAUGAAAUGUGAACUUAAUUAUCUCAGUAGAUCAGAUGGGUCAGCUAUCUUAGCACAAGGCGAGACGGUCGUUUUGGUAAGUGUUAAUGGUCCUCUAGAUAUCAAGUCGACAAGUCAAAGCAUAGAAAAAGCUACACUCGAAGUGUUGUUCUGUACUAAAGGCGGGAAGCCAUCGGUAGCUGACAGAUUUAAAGAAAACAUCAUAAGACAGACAUGUGAAACAGCCAUAUUGGGAUGCCUGUAUCCUCGCACUGGGAUAUCUCUUACAAUACAAGAACUUGAAGAUUUCGGAGGACUGCUCACAUGCACAGUAAAUUGUGCUUGCCUGGCCUUGCUCAACUCUGGUAUCGCUAUGCGGCACAUGGUGGCGGCUGUGUGCUGCGCCGUCAGCGAGGAAGGGAAUUUAGUGCUGGAGCCCAGUUACACACAAGUGCAGAGUGCGUCAGCGCUGUUGUACUUCGUGUUCGAUAGCCGAGAGAGAAAUCUCGUUACCGGUUUCACGGAGGGCAGUUUCAGCGAGAAUACGUAUGAAGAAGCGCUCGCUAGAUGUCGCCUCGCGAGCGAUGUCGUUUUCGACUUCUACAGAGACAUCGUUAAACAAUAUUCUGAUGUUAUUUGACAGACAAUUUUUGACAAGUCACGUGAGUGGACACGGAUGAACUAAAAGCGUGCGUUCAAUAGAAUAAAAUGUUCAGUGUCAAUAUUUCUAAAUAUGUGAAUCCUUUUGGUAUAUAGACAUUUUGAAUGACGAUUUAUUUGGUUGUCAGCGGCAAGUCGCUGAGUUAGCUUAUGACAGAUAUAUU